AAGAUGGCGGCGCCCAUGAAUCUUUUUCGCUGUCAUUUACUCAACGUUCCUGGAAUAAACAUAUGGUAAGCAAAUGGUGUAAGACCAUUAUUCAAUUGCUGCAUAGCAUCACAGUGUGAUCACUGACAGUGACAGAUAUUGGAUUAAAUUAAAGCACAGUGUCUUCCAACACCAUGGCAACGACAGGAGGUCUAACAGAGGAACAGAAAAGACGAAUGGAGGAAAAUAAAAAGAGGGCAAUUCUCCUUCGAGCUCAGCGUAACCAAGGCAAUAAUCAAGGUGUCAAACAGGUUGGAAACUCAUCUUCUAAUGUUCGGCAGGAAGUUGGCACGUCGUCCAAAUAUGGCAACACCCAACAACACGUAACUACGGGGAGAAAAAGUAAUGUGGAUAGGCCUAGUGGGUCUAGUUCAACAUCUAUUGACUCAGCUAAGAAAUGGACAUCAAGCAUCACAAAGCCCAGCACAUUGCAGACCAGUGCCAUUGCCAGUAGAUCAAGCAUCACAAAGCCCAGCACAUUGCAGACCAGUGCCAUUGCCAGUAGUGUACACCAGACUGGUGGGGCGGCCAAAGAGAAAUCUAUUCUUGAUACUGCACAUGGCGCUCAUUGCAAAUCAACCGUUUCAAAUUCAAGCUCAACAACAGAGGGCCAUGUUAUAGGUGGGCAUGGAGAGUCAUCAUCAAACUCAAGUAAUUCUCUCAACAGACAAAAGACAAUUUCAAGUUUUUAUUCCACGAAACCUAAGUCUGCAUCUGGUGGCCAGGCUAGCCUAUCUGGUCAGCUCUUGAAAGGGAAUGCACACUCCAAUUCUCACAAGUCUGGAUUUCAGGCUUUCAACGACCCACCGAAAGCUUCCAGUAAGCGUCAAGACGUCUAUCAGAACAUAAAAGGAAAUAAGUCCACUUUUGGAAAUGAACGUGGGAUGAACUUGCAGGGUAGCAGCGGUGGUAAUACAGUUGGAGUCUGCGUGCUGAUAUCCAGGGAAAGAUUUGUAGUGAAUGUUGGCUAUCACGCUAAGCUGAUUGAAGUUUUCAAAGAAUUGCCAAGUAAAAGUUAUGAUGCUGUUGAAAAGAAAUGGUCUUUUGCAUUGUCUGAGUAUGAUACUCUGAUUGAAGCAGUGAAGCCCCUUCAACCAUCCGUUGAGAUAGAGCCUCUACCUAAGACCAUAUGCACUGCAUUCCGUAGGCAGCGACAUGGCAAGGAAGGCAACCGUGUUAUACCUGAAGCCAAUCUUAAGUGUGUGGAUAGUACACUAGUCAACGCACUCAUGGGUUUUCAGCGCGAGGGUGUAAACUUUGCGAUCAGCAGAGAGGGACGAGUUCUUAUUGCAGAUGAGAUGGGAUUAGGCAAGACACUACAAGCAAUCUGUGUAGCAUGCUACUAUCGUGCAGAGUGGCCGGUCCUGGUCGUCUCUCCAUCCUCUGUUAGAUAUUCAUGGGCCGAGGCUUUCCAAACCUGGAUUCCUUCAUUAAGCCCUGAUGAUAUCAAUGUUGUAGUAAACAGUAAACAUAAUGCAACAUCAGGCAAGGUGAAUAUUCUCAGCUAUGAUUUGAUGCAUCGUAAAGCACAAGAACUCAAACAAUUCAGAUUCAAGGUCAUCAUUAUGGAUGAGAGCCAUUUCUUGAAGAAUAUAAAAACAGCGAGAACGAAAGCAGCUAUACCCCUGAUGAAGACAGCACCCCGUGUCAUCUUACUAUCAGGUACACCUGCUUUAUCAAGGCCUUCAGAACUCUACACUCAGAUCCUUGGUGUAACACCCAGACUCUUCCCAUCAUUUCAUGAGUUUGGUCUGAGAUACUGCAAUGCAACUCAGAAUCAAUGGGGUUGGGAUUACUCGGGCUCUUCCAAUAUGACUGAACUACAACUUCUUUUAGAAGAGUGCAUCAUGAUCCGAAGGUUGAAGCAGGAUGUAAUGACGGAGCUUCCAUCCAAGACUAGACAAAUGGUACUCAUGGAUCCCUCAGUGGUCAAGACUAACAGUAAAGCACUGAAGAAUGCAGCCGAUGAAAUGGGCAAAAAUAAAUCGAAAUCUGACGACAGAGGACUUCUUAUGAAAUACUUUGCCGAGACAGCACUUGUGAAGGUACCGGCCAUAAGGGACUACAUUCUUGAUCUUUUGGAGGGCGGUCACAAGUUUCUUGUCUUUGCACAUCAUCAGACUGUCUUGGACGCUCUGUCAACGGCUCUAACCAACAAGAAGUAUGAUUUCAUCCGUAUCGAUGGUAGUACCUCAGCGUUACAGCGUAAGGCGAACUGCGACAAGUUCCAGCAAGAGGAUUCUUGCAGAGCUGCUAUCCUGUCUAUCACAGCAGCCAAUGCUGGUCUCACAUUGACCUCAGCUAGCACAGUGGUGUUUGCUGAACUCUUCUGGAAUCCCGGGAUACUUGUGCAGGCAGAGGACCGUGUACAUCGUAUUGGCCAGCAGGAUUCUGUCAAUAUUAAAUACCUUAUUGCAAAGGGAACCGCUGAUGACUACAUAUGGCCGCUUGUUCAAAAGAAGCUUUCAGUGUUGGGUCAAGCUGGACUGUCUAAGGAUGACUUCUCAGAAGCUGAUACCACUGCAUUUAAGGAUCCGAGGCAGAAGACCCUCCUGUCCUUCUUCGAGACGUCCUUCCUGGAAGAUAACGUGUCUGAACAAGAAGACCUGGCUUGUCUCGUUGCCAUGGAAUCCCAAGAGUCUGAGAACAAGGUUUAUUCUGCAACAAUAUCUGCAACCAAAGAGUUGACUGAAACCAUUGACUCCAGAGUCUCUGAUCUUAAAGGUGGAUCUGAUAAUCUAAACUCUGCAAAAGACUCCACAAAGAAAAAGAAUCAAGAGGAGAUGAGUGCUUUGGAGAAACCAACAACCAAGCAGGAAGUCAACAUCAAAACAUCUUCCAUUCCAUCUGUGGUACCUUUGAAGAAGUCCAAGACCUUAUUUAGCACCCCUUGGGCCUCCAAGAAACCCUUAACUGAACCUAACAUUUAUGAGGGAGCUGCAGAGAAGGGGCCCCCAGCCAAACGACAGAAGAAUAUUCACUCUCGAUAGAAACUUGUCUGCAAACAAAAGUUUAGCUUAAGAAAAGGAGUAAAAUAAACAUGCUGACAGAACUACCUGAAGGCAUACAGGCUUAAUAACAACUUGAGCACUGUCUUUAAUUCUCAAAAAGGUGAACACUGUUUUGAUUGCAUUUCUAUCAAUCAGAUUGUUUUAUUGUACAACUUCCAUGAGGUUUUACACAAAUAACCGGACCAUGCAUAAAAUCUACAAUUGUUCAUUUUGAUUUACUCUGAUGGUGGUCAAGGGUUUAUUUAGGACAAUUUACUCAUGAUGUUAACUAGUAAAUCAAAUCAAAUCAAAUCAAAUGAAGAACAAUAUUUGAGAUGUAAAAUGUUCCAUCCUAUGGUCAUCAUGUUUAUGACGGAUCACAGAAGCCAUAUUGUCUUUAAAAUCCAGUAUCGAACCUUGAUGGUUUGAAGUUUUGCAAGAUUUGUAUCAAUGGGAGACUUUAGAACUCUAGGUGGCAGAAGACUUUAAACGUUUUUUCCCCAUUAUUCAGGUAAUUCUGUACUAGCAUUCUGUUACUGCCAAUUCAGAUACUAUUGAUGUAGUGUUAUUGAUUAACUUGCCUGAUUUGAUAGUCAGCAACAAGAUUCAAAAUAUUACUUACAUUAAUUUGUAAUCAGUUGAAAGAACCGUUAUUAUAUUAUUUCAUUAAACCAGAGCUGCAAAGCAGUCAUGAA